AUGCACAAUCGACUCUGCCACCUCCCCAAUGGGCAGGUCUUCACUGUGACGCCCGUGUUCGGCGGGGUCACCUUCAAGUCCUCCGAAGCCAACGGACAGCAUUCCGUUCUUCCUCCAGGAUGGACCAUUGUCCUUAAUACCAAGCAGAGCUCGAAACAGCAAGCUUCAGAAGACCCAUCCCAGGAUGAGCGCGAGCAGAGCGCCCGAUUCACGGCCCCAACAUUGAACGAUGACUACGUUUACAUCUCGUCCAUUGUCAACCCUCCCAGCAGCGAGUACAAGCCCGUUAGCUCCCCGACGCGUCAGGUUGCCAUGAUGCUGUGGGCGACUCUUUGGUGGUACUUUCACGAGCCCCAGCCAGACCUCCAUCUGCAGACAGACGCUUCAGCGAGCACUCCCCAUGGAGGCAAACCAAAGGGAGAUUGGCGCAUUAAUAUCAAGCGGGAUGGGAUCUUCAAGAAGCGAACAAUUAUACAGAAGCUGGAGCGCAUGGGUCUGAUUGCCUCCGAGGACUCGGCCGUCGGUGACGACGUCAACGAUCAGGAAGCCUGGUCGCAUAUGUUUGUGAGCCGACGUAGCUUCUGGCAGAUUGAUCCUCGCCUUUUCCUCUUCACGCUGACGCCGACAAACACCCCUUCGACGGCGGUGCUGUCGCCUUUCCCCUCGCGAAGGGCGUCGCCUGUACGAGACUCUGGCCACCGACCCCGCACAUCGGAUUCUUCGGGUCAAGAGAGCACCACUAUGCCGCAUAUUCAAAAUGAGGGACCGUUUACAUCUGCUAGCCACCUCCCUACGUUCUUCCCUCCGCCGCCUACGCAGUUUACUUUCACGGAUGGAACUCGGCACCCCAUUCGGCCCAAGCCACCUCACCAGGGUGAGGUGUUCUACACCCGGUAUGUACCUAGUGUAGGACAGGUUCUCUCUUUCCGGGUGCCGAACAUCCCCUCACCUAAUCCCCCUAAUCCCCAAAUUACUCCAACCCACUCGCAUACAUCUUCUACCGGCAGCGUCGAACAGCCGCCUCAGAACCAGGCCUCGGAUCUGGACACGCUGCACAAGUGGAUGAAUGACCCACGGGUCAACGCAGCCUGGGGCGAAGGUGGGCCUAUCGAGAAGCAGGAAGGAUUCCUUCGCAGCAACCUCAAGAACAAACACAGCUUCCCUGUGAUUGGAUGCUGGGACGGCAAGCCGUUUGGAUACUUUGAGAUUUACUGGGUGAAGGAGGAUCGCCUGGGACGGUUGAUUGACGGAGUCACCAACUAUGACCGGGGCAUUCAUCUUUUGGUAGGCGAGCAGGAAUUCCGCGGAUCACACCGGUUGGCUAUUUGGCUCAGUGCAUUGGUGCAUUACUGCUGGCUGGCGGAUAACAGGACUGAAACCGUGAUGCUGGAGCCAAGAGUGGAUAAUGCAAAGGUUAUUGGCUAUUUGCAACAAAACGGCUUCUACAAAGAGGGCGAGGUGACCUUCCCCCACAAGCAAUCGGCCGUGAUGAAAAUCAAACGCGAUUCUUGGGAAGCCCCUGCUUUGUAG